CUGAGGCACUGAUGUAUUUUUGUCUGUUCUGUUUUUGUCUCCACAGUAUAUGGACAUGGCACAGCUGCAUGUGGAAACUGACGGAAUCUUAAAGUUGGAAGACUAUUUGGAAUAUGGCCAGAACAACACCCAUGAUUAUGAUUACGAUGCAGCAAAUACAGUGAAUAGCCCUACAGUGUUUACAGUGUUUAACAGUACAGUGGAUAAUGUUCCUGUGGAAAGAGGCAGUGAGGCAGUGUGGGUCCCUGCUCUGUAUGCUGUAGUGUUUUUUAUUGGAAUCCUGGGAAAUAUUAUUCUCCUGACAGUUCUGGUUCAAAAAAGGAGACUGUGGAGCCUAUCGGACACCUUUAUUCUCCACCUGAGUUUUGUGGAUGUCCUCCUCCUGUUGAUGCUGCCCUUCUGGGCUGCACAGAUGACUCAGCUUUGUGACUGGUUCUUUGGGACUUUCAGCCAGAUGUUUGGGGUUGUUUUCAAGCUCAACUACUACUGUGGGAUCUUUCUGCUGGUUUGCAUCAGUCUUCAAAACUACCUCUCUGUCAUCCAUGACAUCCAGUUGUAUUCCCACGAGAGGCGCUGGUUAGUUCAUAUCAGCUGCCUGUUAGUCUGGCUUAUCUCUGUCCUCCUCACUGCACCUGACUGGAUUUUCCUGGUGGGUAAAAAUAAUUACACAGAAGAUAAUACUUGUGUUAAUAUCUACCCUCAGUCUGGAACUGACUGGCAGUUGUGGUCACGCCUGCUACACCAUAUAUUUGGCUUGGUGCUACCUGGAAUCAUGUUGAUGAUCUUUUGCUCACAUAUGCUACGGCGGCAGUGCAGCUGUAAUGGCCUCCCAAUCCAGAGAAAUAUCACCGUCAUCCUGUCUCUAGUGGUCAUAUUCUGUCUGUGUUGGAUGCCGUACAACUUCAUACUUGCUUUGGACACUCUCCAGGACAGACUUCAGGAUCCUCCUAACGAUUCACAUGAAAGUUCUGAAAGUUCACUAAAAACACUUCUCAUGGUCACCUCUGCUAUAGGCAGCCUUCACGCCAGCCUGAGGCCUCUGCUGUAUCUCGGCCUGUGUGGAAACUUCAGGCAACACUUACUGGCCAUGCUGAGAUGUAAUAAAACUGAACCAGAAAGCUCACUUUGGGAUCUUGGUGUAGGCCAGAGACAGCAGCCUGAUCGCGCUGGGUUGCCACAGCAGAUUAUCUGCUUUCAUUUUUCCCUAUCCUCAGCAUCCAUCACUGUCACACCAACCCUCUUCAUCGUCUCUUUCACUACAUCCAUAAAUCUCUUCUGUGGAUUGCUCCUGAUUGGCAUCUCCACAUUCAGCAUCCUUUGUCCAAUAUAUCUCCAAUCUCUCCUCUGCACAUGUCCAAAGCAUCUCAACCAUGUCUCUCUUUGUCUACAAACUGGUCAACCUGAGCCAUCUCUCUGAUGUACUCAUUUCUAGUCUUGUUCACUCAAAUGAAAAUCUGAACAUCUCCAGCUCCUGUCCUUUAGUCAGUGCUGCCGAGUAGCCUUCUGACUGAAAGUAAAAUCAGCAUAAAGGAACAUGUUGACUUAUUUAAUUGUUAAUUUGUUAUUUUAAUUUUAUUUUUGCUUUUAAGAUUUUUGCUUAAAAUGUGUGUUUAUGUCUAAAACAUUUUUUAUAAUGUUCCACAUGUUCUUUAUACAGCUAAAACUUUUACAUCAGCAAAAGUGCCAUUUAUUAUUCCGUCAUCAACAAUAUACAGUAUUUCCAAACUACGUACAUUAUUUUCUUCCCAUAUAUAGUAAAAUGUACCAAUUAUCCAUAUAGUUGAUAGUAAAUUUUUUAAGAGUUGGUUUUAAAUGUGCCAAUUUAAAGAAGUGUUUGAACAUGCUAAAUGAACUGUGUAAAUCUCUGUAGAUUGUGAAUUUCAACUUUGAAAGAUGUAGUGCUUUGUGGAUAGUUUUUAAAACAAACUCUUUAAGAAAUUUUGUGAGGAAAAAACUGCAGUGAAUUUAAUUAUUUCAUUAAUUAGCAAAAAUGUAUUUAUCUUUUAAAAUUGAAAGUAAAAAUCCUCAUUUAAGAGUGCUUUAUAGAAGUAUUCCAAGACAAAGUGUAUGGUCAUGGUUGGCAUCCACAUCGUCUGGAAAUCCUGAUUUUUCCAAAAGCAGCAUGGAUGUCUACACAUCAACAAACUCAGUGUAAUACACUUGAGUCCCCGAAUAAAACAGAUGGAGUUGUAUACCAGUCUUAUUUAAAGGAUUGCUUUUAUUCAGUCACAGUUCUCUGUAACAGAAAGCAUUACAACAUUAAAACAUUCAAUUUUGUACCAGUCACUAGGAAACUGUUACUUACUCUGUACUCUACUGUAACUUUGUACUGUCCACUUUCUGCUGUAGCAAAACAAAUUUCCCACAUGUGGGACUAAUAAAGCUUAUCUUAUCUUAUCUUACACUCAUACUGAUCAGUAUUCAUGCUCUUUGAACUUUUCCACAUUUUUCACAUUGCAAUCACAAACCGAAAUGUAUUUUAUUCAGAUUUUAUCUGAUAGACCAACAUAAAGUGGUGCAAAAUUGUGAAGUGGGAGUAAAAUGAUACAUGGUGUUAAACAUUUUUUACAAGUACAAAUUUGAAACAUGUGGCAUGUAUUUGUAUUCAGUCCCCUGAAUCAAUACUUUAUCAAACCACCUUUUGCUGCAAUUACAGCUGCAAGUCUUUGCAGGUAUGUCUGUACAAGCUUUGCAUAUCUACAGACUAUAUUUUUUGCUCAUUCCUUUUUUUCAAAAUGUCAAUAGAAAAUUGUAGUCAGUAUAAUCUUUUAAUAAUAUAAGUUUGCAUAUGAUAGAAUACUGCAUGAUGACCUCUUUAUAACUCAGACUGUUUUGAUUCACUGUGACCCGUUAUCAUGCAGGGAAGGAGCAGUACCUGCUAGAUAAGAGCUUAAUGAGCAGUUUCACUUUGUACCAGGUAGAGGAGCCUCUCCUGGCACACGCACACACGCCACACACACACACACACAUAUAUCCGCACAUGCUCACGCAUCAACAUUCCAUUGAACAAACGUAUUACUCUUCUUGUGUAUAAAUAAAGACCAGGGCAGUGGCAGAGCGCGAGUCUCGGAGCCCUCACUCCAGGUGUGAGUGCUCUGUGGCUGCCCUUGCAUGCAAGUAAAACUGUGUGUUUCUCCUCUCUGAUUCUCAGCUGAAGAAGUGUCUUAGAGUACAUCUCUUAACACAAAAUAGCUUCAGUUCGGUCAGACUGGAUGGAGAGCCUCUGUUAACAGCAAUUUUCUAGUCUCACCAGAGAUUCACAAUAGUAAUUACAUCUGGACUCCUGCUUGAGUCAUAAUCCUUUUGCAGCCUUGAACAGGUUGAACAUCAUGUGGCUGCCACCACCAUGUUUGAUGGUGGGGAUGGGGUACAGUGUUAGUUUUCCACCACACAGCAUUUUGCAUGUAGGCAUGUCAAGCCUGUCAGUUUAGGUGGAUGAGCAUGCCUUGGUAGUUUGCAGUUGUGCCACACUCUUUCCAUUUUCAGAUGAGGGAUUAAACAUUGCUUUGUGAGAUGUUCAGAGUUUGGGAAAUGUUUCUAUAACCUAUCCCUGCUUUAAACUUUUCCAUAACUUCAUCCCCGUCCUGUCUGGUGCAUCCCUUAAUCUUCAUGAUGCUUUUUGUUCACUGAUGAUGACCAACAAAUCUCUGAGACCUUCACAGAACACCUGUAUUUAAACUGAGAUUAAAGUUCCUAACACUCUUUUCAUUGAUUACAAAACUCCUGAAGGCAAGGAUUUUAUUAAGAGGUAACAGCAUAACGGGGAUAUGAAUACU